AUGACCAACUUCGAGAAAGAAACAGGCAAGGCUUGCUCACAAAGGCCACUUAAAAAUAGGUGGGAUGCCUUGAAAAAAGAAUGGAAAGCUUGGAAGAAACUUAAAGGCAAAGAUAUUGGUCUAGGGUGGAAUCCUAUAAAAAGAAUCGUUGAUGCAUCAGAUGAUUGGCGGGAGAGUAGGCUAAAGCUCAAAAAAAUUAGAACCCCGGGCAUUGAUCUUGAAUUCAAAGGGAAGUUGGACCAAAUGUUCAUGGAGGUAGUUGCAAUUAGUGAUAAAACAUGGACACCUUCUUCUGGUACACUCCCUAGUGAAUUUUUUGAGGAUGUUGACAAUGACAUACCUGAAGAAAAUGAAGAAAAAAUGUGA